AUGCCUCUGCCCUGGGGACCAACUCCGGUCCGUAGAGGCUACCGAAUCAUGGUCUUCGAGUGGGAUUUUCGACCCAGAGGGAGCCCGUGGCGUGGCACCUUCUCGGCCCGCGCGCAGUUGCACGUUUUGUCGCCUCUGUCGUUGCAAUACAAGGGUCAUCGUCGUACCUUGUACCGCAUCCCAGCAUCCAGCAUCCCAGCAUCCCUAGCAUCCUCCAGCAUCCAGCAUCCUCCCAGCAUCCUAGCAUCCCAGCAUCCCAGCAUCCUAGCAUCCCAGCAUCCCUGCAUCCUAGCAUCCCAGCAUCCCAGCAUCCCGCAUCCCAGCAUCCUAGCAUCCAGCAUCCCAGCAUCCCUAGCAUCCAGCAUCCAGCAUGCCCUGCAUCCCAGCAUCCUAGCAUCCCAGCAUCCCAGCAUCCUGCAUCCUAGCAUCCCAGCAUUCCUAGCAGCAUCCAGCAUCCUAGCAUCCCAGCAUCCAAGCAUCCCACAUCCCUGCAUCCUAGCAUCCCAGCAUCCUAGCAUCCAGCAUCCAAGCAUCCAGCAUCCUAGCAUCCUAGCAUCCCAGCAUCCUAGCAUCCCCAGCAUAGCAUCCGGCAUCAGCAUCCCAAGCAUCCUAGCAUCCCAGCAUCCUAGCAUCCAGCAUCCCUUCCUAGCAUCCAGCAUCCUAGCAUCCUACAUUCCCAGCAUCCCGCAUCCUAGCAUCCGCUUCAGCAUCCUCCUCCCAGCAUCCCAGCAUCUAGCAUCCAGCAUCCAGCAUCCCAGCAUCCAGCAUCCCAGCAUCCCUAGCAUCCCAGCAUCCCAGCAUCCCGCAUCCCAGCAUCCCAGCAUCCAGCAUCCCAGCAUUCCUAGCAUCCCAGAUCCCAGCAUCUUACAUCCAGCAUCCCAGAGCAUCCUGCAUCAGCAUCCAGCAUCUAGCAUCCUAGCAUCCCAGCAUUCCUGCAUCCUCCCAGCAUCCAGCAUCCAGCAUCCCGGCAUCCUAGCAUCCCUGCAUCCUAGCAUCCCACAUCCUGCAUCCUUAGCAUCCAGGAUCUGCAUCCCAGCAUCCCAGCAUCCCAGCAUCCAGCAUCCAGCAUCCCAGCUAGAAUCCCAGCAUCCUAGCAUCCCUGCAUCCCAAGCAUCCCAGCAUCCCAGCAUCCCGAGCAUCCUACAUUCAGGCAAUCCUGACUCCUGCAUCCUAGGAUCCCAACAUCAGGCUCUAGCAUUCCCAGCAUUCCCUAGCAUCCCAUGCAUCCUAGCAUCCCGCAUCCCAGCAUCCCCAGCAUCCCGGCAUCCUAGCAUGCCCCGCAUCCAGAUCCUAAGCAUCCAGCAUCUAGCAUCCCGCAUCCUAGCAUCCCAGCAUCCCCGCAUCCGCAUCUUAGAUUUCCAGAUUCCCAGCAUCCCCAUCCCAGCAUCCCAGCAUCCGCACCUAGGAUCCAGCAUCCCAGCAUCCCGCAUCCUGCAUCCUGAUCCUGCCAUCCCGCAUCCUGUCAUCGAGCAUCCUAGCAUCCCAGCAUCCCAAUCCCGCAGCAUCUACAUCCAAGCUAUCCAGCAUCCUAGCAUCCUUGCAUCCCUGCAUCCUAGCAUCCCAGCAUCUAGCACAUCCCAGCCAUCCCGCAUCCCAGCAUCUAGCAUUCCGCAUCCCAGCUGCCCCCGCAUACCCAGCAUCCUAGCAUCCCAGCCAUCCUUAGAUCCCUGCACUCCUAAGCAUCCCAGCAUCCAGCAUCCAGAUCCCAGCAUCCCAAGCAUCCCCAUCCCAGCAUUCUUAGAUCUGCAUCCUAGCAUCCCAGCAUCUAGCAUCCCUGCAUUCCUAUCAAUCCAGAUCCUAGCAUCCAGCAUCCUAGCAUCCCUGCAUCCCAGCAUCCUAGGCAUUCCAGCAUUCCCAGAUCUAGCCAUUCCAGCAUUCCUAAGCAUCCCAGCAUUCCUAGGCAUCCCUGCAUCCAGCAUACCAAUUUCCCAGCUCCUAGACAUUCCCAACAUCCUAGCAUCCCAACAUCCUAGGCAUCCCAACAUCCUUAGCACCAGCAUCCUAGCAUCCCCAGAUCCCAGCAUCCUAGCAUCUCCCAGCAAUCAUAGCAUUUCCCAAGCAUCUGCAUCCCUAGCAUCCCGCAUCCUAGCAUCCCUGGCAUCCCAGCAUCCCCAGCAUCCUAGCAUCCCGGAUCCUCAUCCCUGCAUUCCCAGGCAUCACCUAGGGCAUCCCUGCAUCAUGAGCAUUCCCUAG